AUGAAGGAUAAAGUUAAAGGCUUAGAUACUUCUGGUGUUCUUCAAUUGAUUAAAAAUGUUUUCAGGCCUGAUGAGAAUUUUUCCUUUCCUAAGACCGGUGGUUUGCCUUUGCGUGGCCACCGUGAUGAUGCUAAAUAUCAUCCAGAGGUUGCUGAUGAGGCUGCAGAUUCUUCCCAUAGAGAGCAAAUGGCUCUAAUUUUACGUUUUAUUGAUAAGAAUAUGGACAUAAGAGAGGAGUUCAUUGCCUUUCUUCAAUGUAAGUGGGGAUUGAGUGGAGAGAACCUUGCUAAAUUAAUUCUAGAUAAACUUAAAGACCUUGGCUUGCCAAUUGAAGACUGUCGCGGACAAGGUUAUGAUGGUGCGGGUGCUGUUGCAGGUUGUGUUAAAGAUAUUGAGGUUAAGAAAGUACUUAACAAAAUAAAAGAUGUGACAAAUUUUAUCAAUAUUUCUCAAACACGCAAUAUACCGUUUGAGGAGACUGUACGCAAUAGUUUAGAAACGGACUCAAAAAAGACUAGAUUGCCAGAUGUUUGUAGAACCAGAUGGGUAGAACGAGUUAAAGGUUUAGACACUUUCGAAGAAUUGUUUGUUCAAAUUUUUGACACACUGGAUAACAUGGCAAAAGGUGGCAGUCCCUCUCUCGCUGCUGAUGCAUCCUCUUUGCUUGAAGGUCUUUCUGAGUUUCAUUUUAUCGCCCUCUUGCUUUUGCAAGGAAAGAGUAUUGAUGUUAUGGACGGGAUUGAGUUGAUCUCUUCUUUGAAAAGCAGUGUUGCACAUGUGAGGAAUUCUAUUGAUUCAUAUCAUGAUCAAUGGUACGACAUUGCUUUGACGUUAGCGGCAAAGUAUUACAAACGAAUCUAUACGAUUCCUUUAAUUGACCAUCUUCUCUCGUCUUUGGAUGCGCGAUUUGACACGGAAAGUGUAAAUGUUUAUCAAGGACUAAGUAUUGUUCCAACAAAAAUGUUUUCUCUUAUAAAAAAUGGGAUUGACUGGAGACAUAAAUUUAAGAUUGUUUCAAAAUUUUAUGUUGCUGAUUUACCCAAUCAGUUAGGUUUAGAUGCAGAGUUGUUAUUAUGGCAAUCCUUCUGGGAACAUCGUAAAGGUCCUUAUCCAAGUAAUGUAGCUACAACUUUAAAAGCUAUAAAUUUUGAUGGUUUUCAAAACAUAAAGGUCAUACUUCAAAUAUUAGGAACCCUUCCCAUAACUUCAUGCGAAUGUGAACGUUCGAUUUCAGCGCUGCGAAUUCUUAAAGAUUAUAAGCGGAGUACUAUGGUUGAGGAACGGUUAAAUGGUCUUGCUCUAAUGAAAAUUCAUCAGGAAAUUCUUCCAGAUGUGCAACGCGUAAUUGAUAAAUUUUCUGUUGGCAAAACUAGAUUUAAAUUUAAUUGA